AUGAAGCGAAAAUACAACUAUCAAGCCACUGGAAUGCCCCGUAAGAAGGCGAAGCACGCUAGCAACUCACUCAGCGUAUCCACUAGUGCACCACCUCCUGGUGUGGACCAUCCUGUCUUGAGACGUCUGUACCCUCGAGUUCUUACCCUACGCCACUAUCUUUUGUUGCAGAUUCCAAAUUCUUCCAAAGGUAGACGCCGUCGAAUAGCUCAGAUUGGGUGUUCUACAUCUGCUCUUGAUGCAAAAUCAAAGCAUCCGAUUGAUGAAGAGCUUGGGCAGUUGCUCGACGCGGCUCUGGUCUGUACAGUGAAUGGACCAAGUCCGGAGUCUUUGGGAAAUGUCGCAAAGGAACGAAACCAAGACAUUGAAACCUUUACACAACAGCGAUCACAGGGAACGAGUGGUGGCACCUUUAAACCAGGUUAUCUUCUGCAGUCCGAGCGGGGUGCACGUAUGAAUUGUCAGAGAGACAAGGAAAACCAACCAGUCUGCUCUAUUCCUGGCUUGCUUGAGCGCCAUCCCAACAAUCAAGUAAGAGCCUUGAAGUCGCCACCCUGGUGCCGGCUUCAUUCAUUGCUUGGUCCAGGGGGUAAUCGCCUCAUGGUGGGACUACUCCUAGAUUGCUCCAUAUUCCUUCCUGUAGACGGAAGUCUAGGAAAUCUGUAUCAACUGAGUGGUGUCCCAUUGUCGGACUUGAAGCCGGACAAGAUGCCGGAGCCUCGCCCCAUCCAGGCCGUAUUCCCCUCUGAAAAACUGAUGCACAAAUCUUCUACGAACAGUGAGAAUAGGAAGCCUGGUGCAAUCACAUUUGUCCGUAGUCGCAUGUUAUAUGCCAGAGCAGCUCUUAAUGCGAAAGGGGGUGUAAGAUUUGGCAUGCGUCACAUUCAUGUUCUGAAUCGGUAUUCCGACCUUGAAGAUGAAAGUCAGGUUGUGCACAUCAUGCGAUAUAUCUUUCCCCGACAAUUUGGAUUACACAACGCCUUCACAUCCAAGGUCGAGGCCAGAGAAACUACGACGCCCUUCAAAGACUACACUUUGAGAGAAAAAGACAUUGAGAAAAACAUGUGUCAGAAGCUAGGCAAGAAAUCGAAAGAUCCGCAAGAGGUUGAGAAGUGGAGGCUUCGCAUACCAAAGCGACUCAGCGGCGCUGCACGUGAUUUAACAAAGAAGAUGCGAAUUCUUCAUAAACGGUGUUCAUACAUGGAAAUGCUUCGACAUUAUUGUCCCAUAGAGGACGUACCGUUGUCGCCAAAACCAGAGUGGAGACGAUUAAAAAAACGACUUUUGAACAACGUCGACGCCACAGUCGAGUCGUCGAAUGGUGAUCAUGAUGAUGAUAGCAACCACCGCGGGAAACGCACAGCGAUUGAACAAACGUGCUUUACAGACAUGGCAUGUCAUACCGCACAUGUUUCGGCUUUCUGCCGUGCCGUGAUUGCCAAAGCAAUUCCAAAGGGCUUCUGGGGUGGUGAUGGCAAUAAGCGCGUUGUGAUGUACUGGAUAGAUCAGUUUAUACAUUUGCGUAGAUUCGAAUCCUUGACACUCCACCAGGUCACGCAAAAGUUGCAGAUCACAACGCUGGACUGGCUCAGUCUAUCAAACGGAGAAACGGCCCACAAACUUGCCACAUCCGACUUUGAGAAGCGCAAAGAGAUCUUCUUUGAAUUCAUCUACUGGCUCUUCGAUUCAUUUCUGAUACCAUUGAUCCGGACAAAUUUCCACGUCACCGAGUCUAAUGUGCAUCGGCAUCGACUAUUUUACUUCCGUCACGACGUGUGGCGCAUGCUGUCUGAGCCGGCCUUGAGUACGCUGAAGUUGCACAUGUUCGAGGAGAUGCCCAUGGAGAGUACGACAAAGCUACUGUCUAUACGACAGCUAGGAUUCAGCAAGAUUCGGUUGCUACCGAAAAAGAUGGGCUUCAGAACCAUUAUGAACUUGAAGCGCAAGCAACAAGUCACACGAAACGGCCUCACAUCGUUCGGGAGAAGUAUCAAUACCGUCAUGGCGCCCGUUUUCCACGCUAUCACCUAUGAGAAGUCGUUACAGCCCGAUCGGUUCGGAGGCUCGCUUUUUUCUGUAGGUGAUAUGCUCCCCAAGCUCACAGCCUUCAAGGCUUCACUGGACGACAAGCAUAUCAGCGGGCAACCGCUUUAUUUCGCCAAAGUCGAUGUACGAUCAUGCUUUGAUACGAUUCCACAAAGGCGUUUAUUACGUAUGAUUGAUAGUCUCAUGAGACUCCAGACUUACACGACGGGGAAGCACGUGGAAGUGAGUCUAUUAGGCGACCUUCAGCGACUUGACGGGCAACACAUCGACCCAAUGCCACUUAAACGCUAUGUGGCACAUAGUGGACCUGCCGAUCAAAUCGCGUCAUUUGACCAACUCGUCAAAGACAAAUUGGCAGGGACCAAAGCCAACACCGUAUUUGUGAAUACCAACGUACAACGACAGGAGACGAAGGACGACUUGAUGCAGCUCUUGCGGGAACAUGUCGAGCGCAAUAUUGUCAAAAUCGGCAAGAAGUACUACCGGCAGAAGAACGGGAUACCGCAAGGUUCGGUGCUGUCUAGUAUCCUAUGCAACUUCUUCUACGCCGAACUCGAACGCGACGUACUAGGCUUUACGAGCGAAGACAACUGUCUCUUGCUCCGUUUGCUCGAUGACUUUCUCUUGAUCACUACGGACCGAGCGAGUGCAGAGCGGUUUGUGCAUGUCAUGCAUCGCGGUCACAAAGAGUACGGUGUAGAGGUCCAAUCGGACAAAUCACUGACAAAUUUCAACAUCUGCACAGCCGGUGGCGGUCGGAUCGCAAGCCUCCCGAAAGACGCCAAAUUCCCGUACUGUGGCGUUUACAUUGAUACCAGAACGUUGGAAGUUAACAAGAAGACGGAGCGCGCUGCCAAGACUGAUGUAGAAAAUUCUCUGACAGUGGAUCUGUCAAAAUUGCCGGGCCAGACACUGCAUCGCAAAGCACUCAACGCAUUCAAGAUUCAACUCAAGGCAAUGCUCAUUGAUAUGGCGCUGAACAGCACGCAGACGGUCUUGACGAAUGUGUAUCGAAGUUUUUAUGAAGCGGCGGUGCGAUGUCUUGAAUAUGUGUCGGUAUUGUCGAGAGUGCGCAAGACGUAUUCGAGCUUGCUUAUCAGAACCGUGGACAAGAUGGCAGCGCUAGCCUUUGUGAUGCUUCAACGACGUGUGCGCUCGCGUGACAGUCAUCCCGGAUUACAGAAGGUGAUUUCUCGACGGCAACUUCAGUGGCUUGCAUGCAAAGCUUUCCAGACGGUGUUUGAGCGGCGGCAGACGCAACAUGGCGCACUAUUGGCCUGGCUGAAGGCUGAGCUGUAUGCUGUGCGCAUUUCGAACAGCACCGAGAGAAGCAUGUUAGAGGACGCCAGCGCGUGCAAGGGGGUAAAGACGAGGGGGAGCGAUUCACGCAAGUUCAUGACGUCGAAGGAAGAGGGGUUGUUGGAAGCCGGCGGCGCGUGGUGGUGUGCCAUUGUUUUCUCAUUUCCCUUCUUGUUGAUGUCAGGGCUGGCUGGGCUGUGUACAAGCUGUGCAAGCUGGAAGCCAGAAGCAAAAAGGCACAAGGGCAGAAGGACAGACAAAAGGAGCCAGUCCACCCAAAGGCCCGAGAGCAGCAAAGAUGGCAAUGCCCGGCCCACGGGCGACGGCGACGGCGGGCCUUCAUUGUUCAGACUCGUUGUUUUUGGCGCUCCAUUGGCAGUGGCAGUCAGGAUAGCAGGAGUACAGGCAGCCGACAACACCAACGCCAACGACAACGACAACGACGACCAAUUCUUCCUGAAUCACCCGCUGCUGCUGCUGCUUGCUGCCGAGGACAACCACGACCAGGACAACGACGAGGACAACGACGGCGGCGACUACCAUUACUACUCCUCUUCAUUCUCCUCCAUCUCCUCCCACUACACCGCCAACACCGCCCUUCCCCUCGACCGCGCCCUCCACAUUCUAUCCGCGCAUGGCUAUGACCCCCCGCUCAUGGCCGCCCUCAGCUACGCUCACGAUGCACACCCAGCCUUCAACGCCCCGCCUGGCAGCCCCCCGGACCUGACGAAUUCAAAGUCGUCCAAGUCCUCGAGCUUUCACUCCUCCACCCUCUCCGACUGUCUCGGGCCCAGCGACCUGUCGCAUUUUGAGGAAAUCGACCUGCACGGCGUUCCGACCGCGCCUGCCUCGUUCCCCCUGCCCUCCAGCCCCUCGAAUCGCGUCAUCUACGAAGCGCCCAAAGCAUCUCUUGCGCCUCGCGCCCUCUCUAAUGCACACAUACAUCCGCAUCCCACCUCGGCCUCACAGUCCCAGUCCUUCCGCGACCUGACUGGCACAGCAAAGCCAAAGUAUCCCAGCCUCAGAGGCCCAGUCCACCAUGCAGUCCAACCGCACAAUGGCCAACUAUCGGCACCAGGCAAGGCGUCGCGGCGAGGCUUCACCUCCCCCUCAGUCCCAUCUUUGUCCAGCAUGAGCCUCGCAGCGCCCAGCCGCUCCUCGCGCUCGCCCUCACCAGCCAGCGCACGCUCGGCCUCCACCGCCCCACGCACCCUCUCGCGGCGCAGCUCUCGCAACAUGGAUACCCUGCCUUCGCCCGCGCUGAGCAUCAGACGACAGUCAUGGCAGGGCACGAAGAGGAAAACGGUCAAGGAGCGCGAGGCCGAAUGCGACGAUGAAGACGACGAGCUGCCCGAGGAUGCCAUCAUCUGGAAUGUGCCCAUCUCCCCACGGCCUGCCCAGGACCGGUCCCCAGCUCUAUCGACAUCGGGUGACAGCCCGCACCAACUCUCGACCGACGCCAGCACCGGACUGCCAUCUUCUGCAAAGACUUCGCCCGCACCUUCACUAUCCCCACCUUCUCCACAGCCUCCUUCGCCGAAUACGGCGAGCCGAGACCCCUCCCCUGGCGGGCAUUUGGUGCGGCAGCAGACCCUCACUUGGACCGAAACGUACAGCACAUUGGAUGAAGAUGCCAGAAAACUCACAGAAGCCCUCGAGGAGUUCCAGUCCGAGUCGGAGCGGAAGCAGGAAAUCAGACGACAGCAACCGGGACUUGCGCGUUCAGCCUCCCUGAACAAGCCGGAGCUCAAGACCAAGAAGCCUGCGCUUCCGCCAGUGCGCAAGAGUGAUCCGCUCAUUGAUCCCUUCCAGCCAUCAGCUGAGAAGCAAAAAUACCUUUCGAGAACACGGCCAUCUUGGUUGCCGCCAAAAAACCCCAAGGAAGAGAAGAAGCAUCUGAGGGAAUACCAGCGUAUGCUGGCGCGAAUCGAAGAAGCGGAACGUUUGGAAGCCCAGCGCGCCCAGGAGGAAGCCCUGGCCCGCGAAAAAGCGUCUCGUAUCAAAGCGGAAUAUUGGUCCAAUCUUCUACCCAAGUGGUCUACUGAAAUGACCAAACCUGAACUUCGAGCGACGCACAGGAAGAUGUGGUGGAACGGGAUCCCCCCGCGGUUGCGAGGAGAAGUGUGGCAGAAAUCAAUCGGCAACGACCUCGAAGUCACAGAAGCAACCUAUACGAUAGCCUUGGAGAAGGCGCACCAGGAGAUUAAACAGCACGGCCACGAAGCGCUCGGCGGCCGUUAUGCUCAUAUCGUAAACAGUACAUCAACCGUAUUUCCAGACUUGAAGAUGUUUGCAGCGCGAAUAUCUUCGUCUGAUCAGGACGCGCAGCCGCUUCAUCAGGAUCUUGUCGAUGUCUGCCUGGCCUAUUCCACAUACCGUCCGGAUAUAUCGUCCUCGAGUGACGGAAUCCACCACAUUGCCGCUCUCCUAUUAUUAAACCUGGCCGCCCCACAAGCCUUUAUUUCCCUCUCCAACCUCCUCAAUCGACCAAUCCCGCUCUCCUUCCUCCUCCAGGACCAAACCGCCAUCCACGCCGCCUACUCCACCACCCUCCGCGCCCUCCUCAAGAAAUCCCCGAGCUUCGCCAAGCGCCUGGAAUCCCUACGCGUCGAGCCCCGCGACUACCUCGCCUACAUGUUCAGCUCCCUCUUUUGCGGCCGGCUUGGCGUCGAACACGCCGCUCGCAUCAUGGACGUGUACACGAUCGAGGGCGACAAGAUUCCCCCGCGCGUCGCCGUCGCUAUUGCCGGCAUCCUCGAGGGCAGCUGCAUGCAAGGCGACGCUCAGCAAGUCGCAGCGACGUUGCGCGACAAGGCCAUUGACCUCGAUGUCGACGACUUCAUGGCCAAGGUGUAUGAAGCCGGCAAGAGCACAUGA